UUGAGCUACUGUCUGUGACCUUAGCUUCACCCUCCAAUGUCGCAAAGUCCUUAAUUGAAGUUACCAAAAAGCCGAAAGACCGCAGCUUUAGAAGCAGAGAUGUCAAAGCUGUUGUCUAGAAUUGCUGGGUUUUUCAGCAACAGAACAUUCAUAGGUGUAGAUAAAGCUGGGAACCGUUACUUCACUAGAAAAGAAGAGAUUGAUGGUAUUUUAAAGGAGAAAAGAUGGGUGGAAUUCAAAGGAGAGCAAGAUCCAACAUCCAUCUCAGUUGAAUGGAUAUGUUGGUUGAACGGGCAGCGAAAAGUAGCUCCGACUCCAGAGGAAAUGAUGGAACUUGAAGCAAGGCGUGAACGUGUUAGGCUUAAUGUUGCCCUUCUGAAGAAGGAAGAAGAAGAAAGGAAAGCCAGAGAAGGCAGUAGGAAGGCUGUGAGCUUGGGUAAAGUUGGAGGUCCAGACUUAAAAAGCUUCAUUCGGCAAUUUCCAUCUGCUUCAGAAGGUGACAAAGUUGAACAAGCAUCAGAUGGAAGGAUCAAAGAAACACAUGAAGAAAAAGAAGAGCCAAUUCCAGAGUCUUCGGAACCAACAGGAUCUGGUGCAACCUAUAAGCCAGGAACAUGGCAACCACCAACAUGAAGAUAAUCAAUGCAUGUUGAGAGCUGUUUACGGCACCAUAAUGCCUACAUUUCUGCCCUUCGAUCCAUACCACAGAAUCUACUCUGAGAUAAACCACCAUUGUUGUCUGGUGAAGCCUCAAUUUUGGCACUCUAAACGAACACAUUCUUUAGCGGAUCACAUUUAAAAUUGAUUUUCGUUUUUGGGUUUUGAUGGAUGAUGGUUGGUAUUCAGAUUUUAUCCAUCAAUGCAUGAUUUGAGGGCUAAUCCCAAACCUUUUCUUCAUGUUGUAGAGGUGAUAAAAUAUUGCUAGUAUUCUUUUGGUUCA